AUGGAAAACCAUACACAAGUGACAGUGUUUAUCCUGACAGGUUUGACUGAUGAUCCCCAACUGAAAGUUGUGCUAUUUGUCUUCCUGCUUCUCACCUACUUGCUAAGCGUCACUGGCAAUCUGCUCAUCAUCACACUCACCCUGCUGGAUAUCCACCUCAAGACUCCCAUGUAUUUUUUCCUUCGGAAUUUUUCCUUCUUAGAAAUUUCCUAUACUUCCACAUGCAUCCCUAAAUUGUUGGUUUCUAUGGCAACUGGGGACAAAACCAUUUCCUAUAACAAUUGUGUUACUCAAGUGUUUUUUGCCUUCCUUCUUGGUGCAUCUGAAUUUUACUUGCUGGCAGCCAUGUCCUAUGACCGCUAUGUGGCCAUCUGUAAGCCCCUGCAUUACAUGACCAUCAUGAACAGUAAGAUCUGCAUACUACUUGUCUGCUGUUGUUGGCUUGCUGGGUUUUUAGUCAUCUUUCCACCUCUCCUCUUAGGCAUAAACCUUGACUUCUGUGCCUCCAACAUUGUUGAUCAUUUCUACUGUGAUACGACUCCCCUGCUGCAGAUCUCCUGCUCAGACACACAGCUCUUAGAGACCAUGGGAUUCAUUUGUGCAGCAGUGACACUUGUGGUCACGUUGCUAAUGGUGAUUAUUUCAUACAGCUUUAUUGCAUUGACAAUUCUGAAAAUCCCUUCAACGAGUCAGAGGAAAAAGGCUUUUUCAACAUGUUCUUCUCACAUGGUUGUGAUAUCUCUUUCUUAUGGCAGCUGUAUCUUCAUGUAUGUUAAGCCGUCAGUAAAACAAAGAAUAUCAUUUUCCAAGGGAAUUGCAGUGCUCAAUACCUCCAUUGCUCCACUUUUAAAUCCUUUCAUCUACACUUUAAGGAAUCAGCAAGUGAAAAAAGCCUUCAUGAACAUGAUACAUAGGGUUGUUUCUUUCUCAAGAAAAUGA